AUGAAAAGUAUUGUUAUUGGAAUUAUUGUUAUUUGUAUUCGUGCCGUUGAAAUAAACAAGUGUAUGUAUGUAAGUUAUAAUGAUGAACAACAUUCAAUUUCAAUCAAUAAAAUAUACCCUCACUCUAAAGAAUGUUAUACACAGGGACUGUUUAUUGAAAAUGAUAAUUUAUAUGAAUCAUGUGGGAUGUAUGGACAAUCUUCCAUUAAUAAGUACUCAUUUCCAUCACUUCAAUUACUCCACACAACACAGUUAAAUAGUUCAGAAUUUGGAGAAGGAAUUGCUAUGGUAAAUAAUACUUUAAUUAUGCUAACAUGGAAAGAGCAUAAAUGUCAUCUUAUUGAUCCCUCAACAUUAGAAAUUAAAUCAACACUAUCAUACCCAUUACAUGGAUGGGGAGUUACUAACGACUUAAAUCAAACAAUAUAUGUUUCAGAUGGGUCAAAUAAAAUAAGAGAAAUAACAAUUAAAAAUAAUGAAAUUCAAAUUGAAAAAGAAUGGAGAGUACAACGAGGAAAUGGAUUUGUAAAAGAAUUAAAUGAAAUGGAAUAUAUAGAUAAUAAGUUAUAUAUAAAUGUUUAUUGGGAAGAUAAAAUUAUUAUUGUUGACGUUAAAACAAAGUAUGUUAUUGGUGAGAUUUGGUGUAAUAUUAAAAGAAGUGGAAAUGAAGAAGUCUUUAAUGGCAUUGCUCAAAUAGAUUCACAUACUUUAUUAGUUACUGGAAAAUAUUGGAAUAAAAUGUUUGAAUUAAAAAUUAAUUAA